CAACACCCGAAGGUGAUUAACGGAAAACGCAUCUCGACGUGCGAUUGCUCGUAGAGGUAGGAGAGCGGUGGCGAGUAUUUCACUUUGUAAGGAACUUGGCGUCGUAGUUUGUCGAUGAGGUCUUGAAAAAGAUUUCGAAAUUCGCGACAAUGUGUGCGAAAAGAAAGGACGCUAAAAAUCUUGGCACCCGCUAGUGUUUUCACGUGAUCUGGCGACAGCUCCAAAAAUUAUUGGUGACUCGAAUUCAGACAUCAUACUCCUUGCAAGUUGCUCUCUUUUCUGUAAAAACAGCUCUGAAGAUGGCGCCGGCUCUAUGUGCCAUCUGCGAGAAUGCUAGAGCUUUAGUAAAGAGACCCAAAAACGGCCAGAAACUAUGCAAAGCAUGCUUUAUCACCAUCUUCGAAGAAGAAAUCCACCACACAAUCACAACUACGAAGCUUUUCUCUCCCGGAGACAGGAUAGCAAUAGGCGCAUCGGGAGGGAAAGACUCGACGGUCCUCGCGUCGGUACUUAAGACCCUCAACGAACGGUACAACUAUGGUUUAGACUUGGUCUUACUCAGUAUCGACGAAGGAAUCAAAGGCUACAGAGAUGAUUCACUCGAAACAGUCAAGAGGAACGCUAUCCAGUACGACAUGGAGUUGAAGAUCGUAGGCUACGACGAGCUAUAUGGGUGGACCAUGGACCAAGUCGUGGAAACGAUCGGCAAGAAGGGAAAUUGCACAUAUUGCGGGGUAUUCAGACGGCAGGCGUUGGAUAGAGGGGCAAAAAUGCUGGGAAUAAAACAUGUGGUCACAGGACAUAAUGCCGACGACGUGGCAGAGACCAUCUUAAUGAAUCUCUUACGGGGAGACUUACCUCGACUGGCAAGAAGUACAAGCAUUGUCACCGGCGAUGAGUCAAGCGAAGUUCGACGGAGUAAACCUCUGAAGUAUGCAUACGAAAAGGAGAUUGUGCUCUAUGCUUUGCAUAAAAAACUCGACUAUUUCAGUACCGAGUGCAUAUACAGCCCAGAAGCAUUUAGAGGAAGUGCAAGGACGUUGAUCAAGAGCUUAGAACGAAUCCGACCUAGCGCUAUUCUGGAUAUCGUACGGAGUGGAGAGGACAUGGCAAAGUUGGUUCCUGCAGAGGUCACCGGUAUCAGUCAUUGCAAGAGCCAGAAAGUUUCGUUGUCAAGUGCUGAUGGCGAAGAAGAAGGCGCUGGUGGCUGUGGGUCGAAUGGAAGAUCGAGUGGUGGGGAAAUGGCUGAGAUGGAGAAGAAGUUGCAGGAAGAUGAAGAGGCCUCGUCGAGGGAGUUCGAUGUCGCAUCGAUCACACCGAGAAAAGCAAAUGGGCAACGCCACGAUAGAAUAGGAGGCCGAAACGGGCUCAAGAAAGACCCUGGCCGCAAGCUCACGAGGCAAACACUUGGUACUUGCAAGAAUUGUGGCUACAUGUCUAGUCAGGAUAUUUGCAAGGCAUGUAUGCUUCUGGAAGGGCUCAACAAAAACAGGCCGAAGAUGGAAAUUGAGGUCGAUGUUGAGGAUGAAGAAAGCUCAACAUUGAGGAGACGAAUGGAAGGAUUGGCAUUGGCAGCAGGAUAGAAGUUCAGGUCUAUCGUCUUGCCAACAUACCAUCAUUUCACUUCGAACUUUUUAAACUGUGACACAGAUUUAUUGUGGCCCAAGAAUCCAACAACUGCGUGCUAGUACGCUCAGUAGUUCAGGGAUUUCCGUCAUUUUUGCCCCGAGACAGUGCCUGUCUCCAACUCUAUCUACAUCCCGGCUUGUCUAUCUUUCAAAGACGUCUCACUAUGUCACAGACAAUAGAGUGUCUUACAAAGUACAUAUCUAGGACUUCCUCUAACGCCAUACUACAUAAUCCCCGAGUAACAAAGUACG